AUGUCGAAACUACAGUAUGCCGAGUUGUCGCAGCAGUCCUUCUCGUCUGAACAAGGACCAAUGCUUCACUUAGCAUUACCUGCAUUAGAGUCGUUGCAUAGCGCAUGGUUGUCACGUUCUGGACGCAUCAAGUAUCUCGAUUUUGCGGAGGGCCUCGAUGCUGGUAUUGAGAAGAUUGCAAAGUAUUACGAGAAGUCGAGUAGUUCUGACGCCCAUAUUAUGGUGAUGUUUCUUGAUCCGUCACAAAAGGAGACCCAUAUUCGCAAGUAUUGGGGCGAGGAAUUGCUUGUUGAAGCACGCAGACAUGCAGAGGAGAUGUACAAAGAACAGUAUCUCGAAAUGUACAGCAACAAUCCUGACUCUAGGAAUGGUGUCGAAGUCAAGGUCAGGAAGACAGGGAAUCGCAAACUCGAUGCUCUGCUGCAAGAGCUCUCUGACGGCGAGGAUGACAUUCCACAAGUUCUGUUACUCCCUCCGAAGCUGCAAAUGAGCCGUGGCGGCACGACUUUCACGCUUACCUCAACUCCAAGGACCACCUUGGAGAUAUGA